AUGGCUGCUUCUGCUACUACUAGCAAUAAUAUUGCUCCAAACUUCUUGGUUGUUGACCCAAAAAAGGGAAGAAAAAGAGACAUAUUCAAGUAUUUGGUGAGGAAAGAUGUGAAGAGUGGAAUGAGUUUCUUGGAUAGUUCAGAGGAAGGAGUUAAAGGUGGCGCAGCAGUUGAUCAUAGGUGGAUUUUAUUGGUUUCUAUCAUCAUUCGAAGGGUUCUUGCGCUUAUUGAUACCCCAUUAAAGUACCUUGGAUAUGUCAUUGAUUUCUUUCUCAACCUUAUCUCCCAAAAUAGUGGAUUCUCUGGCAUACUCAACAACUUUCUCCAUGGAAACCUGAAGAUACCGAGGAGAGGAACAGAGAAUUUUAUAAGCACGAUUGGGCAAUUGGAUGGGCGAAUAGACCUUUAUAGAACUACAAUAUUAUCGGAGAAAGUAGAUGAUUCUGUUGCUACUGAUGUUAACAACAUUAAAGCAGAACUGGGUAAUCGAUAUCUCAUGGAUCUUUGUAUCAUGGCAGCCAAACUUGUCUAUGAGAAUGAGAAAGUUGCUCAAAAUGUUGUUGAUCGUCACUGGAAGAUGCAUUUUGUGGCUUUCUACAACUGCUGGAAUGAGUACCAAAAGCAAAACAACACCCAAGUGUUCAUAUGUUGUGACAAGCCAAAGGAUGCAAAUUUGAUAGUGGUCAGCUUUAGAGGAACAGAACCAUUUAAUGCACAAGAUUGGAGUACGGAUUUUGAUUUCUCGUGGUAUGAAAUCCCAAAAGUUGGAAAGAUCCAUAUUGGAUUCUUAGAAGCUUUAGGUCUGGGCAACAGAAGUGACGCUACCACUUUCCAAACUCACCUUCAGAGGAAACAUACAGGUUUCUUCCAUCUAAAUGGUGAGUCUGAAGGCAAUAUGACGGAAUGGGCAAAGAAGAGUGCAUACUAUGCUGUCGCGUUGAAGCUAAAGAGCUUACUGAAAGAACACAGGAAUGCUAAAUUUAUAGUCACUGGACAUAGUUUAGGUGGAGCACUUGCAAUAUUGUUCCCGUCAAUACUGGUAAUACAGGAGGAGACAGAGAUGCUAAACAGGUUGCUGAACAUAUACACAUUUGGGCAGCCAAGAAUUGGAGAUGCACAGCUUGGAACUUUCAUGGAGUCCCACUUGAAUUAUCCAGUUACUAGAUACUUCAGGGUUGUUUACUGCAACGAUAUGGUGCCUAGAGUGCCUUUCGAUGACAAGAUUUUCGCUUUCAAGCAUUUCGGUACAUGUCUUUACUAUGAUAGCCGCUACUUUGGCCGAUUUAUGGAUGAGGAGCCGAACAGAAAUUAUUUUGGACUGAGACACAUAAUUCCAAUGCGGGUGAAUGCAUUAUGGGAACUAUUCAGAAGUUUUAUGAUAACCCAUGCACAUGGACCUGACUACCAGGAGAGUUGGUUCUGCACUCUUUCCAGGGUAGCAGGACUGGUGCUUCCUGGUGUUGCUGCUCAUAGUCCUAUAGAUUAUGUUAAUUCAGUUAGGCUUGGAAAGGAGAGAGUAGCUCCAAUGACAUCCUUGAAAAGCUUCGCUCGCAAGUCAUAA